AUGCCCUUAACCACUGUUGAUACCAAUCUCAUUCUCCUUUUCUUGCCGCCGCUCGCUCCGCAGUCAAUUCCCAUUGUUGGCCACGUGGUUGGACUAUCGCGCUACAAGUUCAACUACUAUGUCAGCCUCAGCCAGCAGACGGACUCUCCAAUCUUUACCAUGCCGCUCCCAGGACAAAAGAUGUAUGUGGUGACAAAGCCGGAGCUCAUCCAGGUAGCGCAGAAACAACACAAAACCCUCGCGUUUCCGCCAAUCGAGGCCAAGUUCGCCUCUCAGGUCUGUGGCGCCAGUCUUGAGGCCCAGGCUAUCCUGAACAAAAAUGUUAAUGGCGACGAGGAUGAUCAUGGGUUGUCCAUGGAGUCAUAUUCUGCAAUGCGGUCUGCACUCAGGCCUGGCUCACAGCUCGAUGAUAUGAACCGCUGCAUGAUCCGCGAAAUAGGGGAGUUCAUUGAUGUACUGGAGCCAGCCAAAGGGCAGACCAUGGACAUUGGUCUGUACUCCUGGCUGAGGGAUGUUAUUACAUCUGCGACUACAAGGUCCGUCUAUGGUCCGAUGAACCCGUAUGAUGACAAGGCAAUCGCCGAUGCUUUCUGGGAAUUUGAAGCCGGUCUUAUGUCAGUUCUAGUUGGCUUCCUUCCUUCAAUCACUGCUAGAAAGCCCAUUGCAGCUCGGAACAAGGUUGCUAAAGCAUUCGAAGCAUAUUACAAGGCCGGAGGAGUGCAAAAAGCAUCAGCUCUUGCGCAGAAACGAUAUCAAGCAGAGAUGGACAACAAUGUCCCGCUGGAAGAUAUCGCACGCUUCGAAGUAGGAGGUUCAAUCGCAAUCUUGGUGAACACGGCGCCAGCUGCAUUCUGGACUCUGUUUCUCAUUCACUCUCACCCAGGUCUCCUCACGGAUGUCCGCAGGGAAGUCGAUGCUUGCACCGAGACAACGACCGAGAACGGCGCCAUCCUCAAAACCAUUGACAUAACGACUCUGAAGGGAGCUUGUCCUCUGUUGCUUUCCUGCUACCAGGAAGUCCUCCGUUAUUGCUCCAUGGGCACAUCUGUGCGCGAGGUCAUGGAAGACACAUGUCUCGACCGAUGGCUGCUGAAGAAGGGCGCCAUGCUGCAGAUGCCAAGCCGUGCCGUUCAUCAGGAUGCCAGCCUCUGGGGCUCCAGCGCCGCUGAUUUCAAUCACCGCCGCUUCCUGGCUGAAGAGAAGCAGAAACGUCCGGGCGAGGUGUGCUUCCGCGCGUUCGGCGGCGGCAAGACCCUCUGUCCCGGGCGGCACUUCGCCACCAAUGAGAUCCUUGCUGUCGUCGCCGUUUUCAUUGCGAGACUGGACAUGAAGCCUGUGAAGGGGGGUUGGGAGCUUCCCAUUACUGCUAAUACAAAUGUUGCGGCGGUGGUCAUGGAGCCGGAUCAUGACGUUCGGGUUGAGAUCAAGACACGAAGCGGCUUCGAGGGUACCAAAUGGGCCAUCAGACUGGACAAGUCGGAGAAGAUAUUUGCUAUGGUAAUGGAGGAUGCUGACGCAACGACCGAGUAG